AUGGUGGAAUUUGCCAGCGGUGUGAAAGGAAUAGCCUUGAACCUGGAGAAUGAGAAUGUCGGGAUUGUUGUCUUUGGUAGUGAUACUGCUAUUAAAGAAGGAGAUCUUGUCAAGCGCACUGGAUCUAUUGUGGAUGUUCCCGCGGGAAAGGCUAUGCUAGGCCGUGUGGUCGACGGGUUGGGAGUACCUAUUGAUGGAAGAGGGUCUCUAGGCGAGGAUGAUCCUACAUAUCUUGAGGCACGAUUAGAAUUUCACAAGCGCUCAAGGGAGAGAAUGUUGGAGCCAAUUUUCCCGCGGAAGAGGAAAUCAUUUCCUGCAAAUUUGGGAGCUGAUGACCAAAGAGUCUCUGGAAAACCAGUUUCAAGGAAGAAGAGAUCUACUGAGGGGAAGUCUAAUGUGUUUUCUAGACCAAAAACUCUUGAUGAAAUCAAAGAAGAGAAGAGAAAUGCCAAAGAGAAUGGGAAUUCUUCCGGCAGUCCUGGGAAUUCAAGCAGAACUGCAUCAGAAGAGUUGCAGCAGCUAAGCUACUUGAGCAUUAGGAAUUCAUCAUGGUCAUCAAGUCGAAAGUGA